UAGAAAGAGGGUAACUGUAUCACACACAGGCAUUAGUAAGCUGAGAGUGCGUGGGAUUGGAACAGUUAUUGUGAGACAGCAAGCAGCAGAGAGUGCAUAAUGCUGAAGCAGUGAAAUAUGACUUUUACAACUCAGAAAUACAGUUAAAAAGUAAGAAAUGGAAGAAAUGCAAAACAAGAGACAAAUCUAGAGGAACGCAGGGACAGGAAGAGGCAGAUUAUUAAAGACAAAUAAUAAGAGAAAGAGCAAGCAGAGGAGGAAAGCAGACAGUAACACUGAUGUAUAUAGAGAGCAAGAGCAUAGAAAGACAUAACGGUGAGAAAGCGUGUCAGAUAAUUAGAGGAUGAAAAGCAAAUGAGUGAGAAAGCUAUACAUGAAGAUAGCAUUAGGACGCUGUAUCACAGAGCCUUUCUGUAAAAGAGAGUACAGCAUUUGUGAUUCCAUGAAAAACAGAUAACUAUACGGUGGAGACUCGGGGACUCCCACGACGUAUGAAUGAACCUGCGUGAAUCAGAGAUAACAGCUCUGUCGAUGAUGAUGAGCGCCACGGGAUGGAAUUAUUUAUUUUUAUUUCUGUUAUUUACUGGAUUUGCGUCAUUGGCUAAGGACACGGGCGACAGUUGCCUCAAACCAGUCAUCUCCCCAAACAGUGAAGUUGUCCCUUUUGGUGCAAGUGUUAACUUGACAUGUCCGGGGUGCAGUGGCCUAGUGUCCUGGAGUUAUCUCAGCCCUUCAGAAAGGAAUUUCACCAGGACAGUAUCAGGAGAAUUUGUAUUGAAGUAUAUCCAAUACAGUAACGAAGGCAAUUACACAUGCUUCAAGGAUGGGCAAGAGGUGUGCACAGUGGAACUUCUUGUUGCAGGGGAACUGGAGCAGCCAGAGUUUCAUUGCUAUCUCAGACAUCCAGCAAGUACCAUUAUCUGUGAGUGGAGGCAUCAGAAGAUGCUCCCCCCAGCUACAAAGACUUUCCUUAUGGUGAAGAAGAAGAUCAGCUCCUCUCCAACACUCAUACCCUGUUCCCACAACACUUCAGCCCAGCGAUUCAGAUGUCAUCUAAAAAUACCGGAAGGAGACUCAGACAAACACAUGGUGACAAUGUGUGUGACCAGCCGUACAGACAGACGGGGCAGCAACACCCUCCUGAUGGAUACAAGCAGUAUAUUGCAACCUGAUGCUCCAGUCAACGUCACAGUAAUGUCUGUCAAAGAGGCACCAACAAAGCUCAGUGUGACCUGGCAGUACCCACCAUCCUGGGACAGUAUUUUUUACCAACUGCACUUCGAAAUUGAGUAUUGGGUAGAAAACUCCAAAAAGAAGAGUAAUUUUUGUUGCACAAAGGAAACCGACUUCAUGAUUGUUGAUGCCUUGAAAGGCAGGAAAUAUUAUGUUAUAGUGAGAGCACAGGAAGAGUUUAACAGGGGCAGCUGGGGUAACUGGAGCACGGUGGCACAAGGCGAGCCAUGGACAGAUCCAGAUUCGAUAACCUUGAAAACAGAUGCACUGCCAACACAGGAUUUCAGAGAGUAUUACCCUGAAUACAUCUCUACAGAAUACAUCUCUACAGCUUUUGUUUAUGUAGAUGAUCCAGCAGUACCGCGUUACACAUUCCUUGUGGCGGCAGCUAGCCUUGCGCUAGUGAUAUUUCUCUUAAUAGGGAUUGUAAUAAGACAGACUGUUUGGCGGAAACAUGUCACUGAGUCUGGGAAAAAGUGGAAAAUACUAUUUCUGCUCAAAAAAGGAGGUGAAUCCCAUCCUCUCUCCAGUGAAUCUAUUCCCAUGGCAUCUUCUCAGAUCUUACAGAUACCAUCUGUGCUUGCAGUAAAGUCAGAAUCUUAAUCUCCCAGACAAAAAUGUCAAUUAUGUUUCUGGAGAGGACUGCUGCAUAUCAGGACCCUACAAGUGGACAUUGUGUUGCAGUUAGGACUGAACUGUUCUAUGAAAAAGAUACUUGAAGGUUUAACAGAGAUCUGAUGGGCAUAUGUCAGCAGAGGUCAAGAAAUCAAUAAAUAAACCAUUACCACAAAAAAGGAAGAAACUGUUUACAAUGGAACACGCAUACAGUGUUGUAGUAAAGUAUCUGUCAUGCUUCUUAUGAGACUGUGUGCAGGGAUCAGACUCUAAAACAAAAUGUUAAGGAACUUAGAACCACUGCUGCAUUGUUAUCCUUUCAAUAUUCUACCCAAUCAGAAAAA